AUGGGGCUCUGCUACAGCCUGCGCCCGAGGCUCUUCGGCGACUCCGGAGGCGGCUCGAUCUCCAGCGCCGCCGCCGCCACCACCACCACCUCGGAGACCGAGCAACAGCCGCCGCCGCCCACGGCGGAACCCCUGGCCCGGCCGCAGCCGCCACUGCCCGGAGCCCCGGCCGGGGGAGGAGGACGAGGAAGGAGCGCGGGGAAAAGCGGCGGCGGCGGCAGUGGCAGCAUCUGCAGCGGCGGGGAGGCGGAAGGCGGCGGCAAGGCGCGCGCGGUGGAACUGGACGGGCCGCUGCUGCUCCUGCAGAACGGAGCGGGCAACGGGGCGGCCCCCUCGGAGAAGGACAAGGGGCGGCAGCGGCAGCGGGGGCCGUCGCCACCCCUCGCAGCAGCAGCAGCUGCUGCGGCGGCGGCGCCUCAGGCCAAGCCCGAGUCGGGCUCGGCGGCGAAGCAGCAGCCGCUGGCGCUGCAGAGACCUUGGGAGAAGCUGCGCCUGGAGGAGCGGGAGGCGGAGAAGGAGGCAAGGCGAGUGAGCAAGAGCAUCGACCGGGCGCUCAAGGAGCAGAAAAGGGAAUACAAGCAGACGCACCGCCUGCUGCUGCUGGGGGCUGGUGAGUCAGGAAAAAGCACUAUUGUCAAGCAGAUGAGGAUCUUGCAUGUAAAUGGAUUUAAUUCAGAAGAAAAGAAACAGAAAAUUCUGGAUAUUCGGAAAAAUGUAAAAGAUGCAAUUGUGACCAUAGUUUCGGCAAUGAGCACUUUAAUACCUCCAGUUCCACUGGCCAACCAAGAAAACCAAUUUCGAGCGGACUACAUCAAGAGUAUAGCUCCACUUUCUGACUUUGACUACACACAGGAAUUCUUUGAACACGCAAAAAAGCUCUGGGACGACGAAGGAGUAAAGGCAUGCUUCGAGAGAUCAAAUGAAUACCAGUUGAUUGAUUGUGCACAAUACUUUCUAGAAAGAAUAGACAGUGUCAGUCUGAUUGAUUACACACCCACAGAUCAGGAUCUCUUGAGGUGCAGGGUUUUGACAUCUGGGAUUUUUGAGACAAGAUUCCAAGUAGAUAAAGUAAACUUUCACAUGUUUGAUGUAGGUGGUCAGAGAGAUGAAAGAAGAAAAUGGAUCCAGUGUUUUAACGAUGUCACAGCUAUUAUCUUUGUCGUGGCCUGUAGCAGCUACAACAUGGUCAUAAGGGAAGACAACAACACAAACAGAUUACGGGAGUCCCUGGACCUCUUCAAAAGUAUCUGGAACAACAGGUGGUUACGGACAAUUUCUAUCAUUUUGUUUUUGAAUAAACAAGAUAUGCUGGCUGAAAAAGUCUUGGCAGGGAAGUCUAAAAUUGAAGAUUAUUUUCCUGAAUUCACACGUUACACUGUACCUGAAGAUGCAACACCAGAUGCAGGAGAAGACCCCAAAGUUACAAGAGCAAAGUUUUUUAUCCGGGAUGAAUUUUUAAGAAUAAGCACGGCGACUGGAGAUGGAAAGCAUUACUGCUACCCCCACUUUACAUGCGCAGUUGACACAGAAAACAUCCGCAGAGUGUUCAACGACUGUAGAGACAUCAUUCAGAGAAUGCACCUUCGGCAGUAUGAACUAUUGUAAUUGAGAACACCAUGGAGCCUGUGGUUUUAAACAUCAUCUUUUUUUCUGACUUCCUCAUGUGAAGUAGAGGGAGAUGCUAUAUAGAUACACGUCUGCCUCCUCAGUUUGUUUACUUUGAUUAGCCUUUCAACCCAGUUCAUGCUUUAUGGGACGAUGUGUGUGCUUUAUUUUUAUAUGCCACUUCUGUGUCAUUCCACUAAGGCCUUUGGCUACCUCUGUUUCCUUAGGUUUAGUUGCAUUUUUGUUUUGUUUUUAAUUGGACAUAGCCUGCUAGUUCCGCCCCCGCCCCCCCCGCAGGUUUGUUCAAGCUGGUAUCUGCUAGUUGGGCAACACCAUGUUAUACUUGCAGGAUGCAUGGGUUUCCUUUCUACUGUGACGCUGAGGAGUACUUGAUAGAUUGGGUGGGGGGAGAAUAAUGCACUUUGUUUUAGGGUUGUGAAAUACUGUUGAGGAUAUAUACAUGCGUGAUGUAGCAGCACCACAAUAUAAGUCACAGUUUUUAACAUAACUGAGUUUCAGGUCAUCUGACAAAGGUGACCUUCUUCUAAGCCAUUAUUGGCACAGGAAAUAGACUAGAUAGUGAGGCACAGGGAAGAUGAGCAAUUUUUCUGGAGGUUUGGAGCUAAGAGUCUCUACGCACCUCAGGCAUUUGAAUUCAGAGCUACUUUUUCAGACUAUUUGCAUCUAGGCAGAAAAUUCACCCUCACUUUUGUUUCUUCUGUCCACAAAUGAUCCAACUACUUUAGAUCAUUUUUGGACAACAGUCUUCUCCCUAUAUAUAUAAUAUAUAUAUAUAUAUAUAUAUAUAUUAUUUUUGUUUUACUGCUGGUUUAUUAUAUUGUACAGACUGUAAAGUGUAAUAUUAUUUUGUACAAUUUUAUUGAAGAUAAAUACUUGUAGAAGAUCUUUGUGCCUUGAUUAUGGCUGUACCUGUAAAACGAGCUAAGAUGUAAGUAUGUUUUUGAUUGCGCUGUACAGCUUGAUGUCAACUUUACCUGCAGCAGUGACUGGAGGUAAAAAACUUCUCUGUAGGGUUUAGGGUUUUUCUGGUUUAUAUAAAAAGAAAUGCUCUUUAGUAUAAAAAAUUAUAAAUUAUGCAAAUUUUAGUCAUAUACCUUUGAAAGUAAGUUAUUACUGCCACCAGAUGUUGCAGCAAAUAUGCCUUUCUCAGUCUUAGCUUUAAAACACUGAAAUUGAUUCAAGUGUCCAAAUUGCAACCUGGUGUUUUCAUGGAAACCAAGGGUUUUGUUUUACCUUUAAAAGAAAACCUAUGUUCAGUAAUUCUUUGGUCAUUCAUAGCCAAUUUCACAAUCGCACAGAUUGUGAAUGUGUAGAAGCACCAUUAGAUAAAGGCUCUUCAAUCUCUGUUGCAACAGCCGUUUUCAUUGUGGAAAUUGGAAGAAAGAAGAAAAGGUUUAACCCUUGUGUCUGGCCUAAGAGAAUUACAAGAUGACAAUUUUAUUUCUCUUAAUAAAGAGACCUUAGAAAAUGGUUUUAUUUUAAAUAUUGUAGAAUCACAAUGUGUGGAUAUUUCUCAAACUUGAAUAAUUUAUGCAAAUGACAUUCACAAAAUAAGUUGUGGUACAGUAUAAUAUAAAAGCAAGAAUUGCAGUAGCAAUAAGGCAUGUCCUUCUCAGUACUAUAACACUGCUUUUAUAUUUUAUACAUAGGUGUUAUGUCAGAGUACAUAGUUUCCUGUGUCCAAGGUAACCUGUACAAAUGUUUAAAAUUUGUAAUUGCAAUAACAAAAUUUAGAAGUGUUAGCCUACAUACCUUCAUAGAUUAUGUAUCACUUGGAUUAUCUUCAUCCUUUGCUUUAAAUUUAAAGGCAAAUUACUCUUUGAAAUAUUUUCAGCCACCCAAUGUGAAUCAAUUCUUAAAGGAGGAUAGCAUGUUUGUUGUUUAUGUAAGCCCAGGCGUUUUUUCCUGACAACUGGGCAGACAUGUUGUGGUUGUAACUCUGCAGAGGGAUCACAUUAGUAAUCUUUCUAGGUACUGUAUUUUCUAAGACCCUUUUCAACACUUUAGUUCCACUCUGAAACUGCUAGUUGGAUAUAUUUUAAUGAUUUUUCAGUAAUGCUAACCAUGCAUGUUUCCAAAACGUUAGAAAGACACAAGUGUUUAGGAUCAAAGUGCAAGAUUCUGUCAACACCAUUUCCCAUAAAAUGCAUCACUAAUACCAAGCAUAAGGCCCUUCACUCAUAUUGCAUUUGCCCAUCAUGGUAAACCAUAGUUAAUAGCUUACUUGUAACAUAAAGAUGGCUCCUGCCACAAAGUGAGCAAGAGAAACAAACCACAGUCCUGGCUUAGUGUAACAUGUGGACUUGAGGAAUGUGGGUUGUUUCACUAUGAACAGACCACAGUUGGUAAGCCAAGAAAUAAACCUUGACAUCCCUCUGUGGUUUGUUUGGGAGUAAAAUAAACCGCAAUCCUAAAGUUUACACAAGGGAUUGUGGUUUGUUGCUCCCAUUCAUGCUAGAGGAGAAAUUUCUGCAUUUACUGUAAAUCAUUCGCUAUGGUUUAUUGCAAUGAUGCACUAGGCCUAUAU